UUAACAUGUUAAAAUGAGUGUAUAAACACUUUCAGUCAGACUUCUGGGUAGCAAUUAACACAAGAUUCCUCUUCCUAUUUGCCAAACACUAUUUCUUUUAAAUCGAUUCAGGUUUUCAACCUUAUUCUUCCAUUAUACUAAGCUCCCGCACACAUUAUAUAUUCUAAAAUGGUUUUUUGUUUAACCAGUUCAUACAUUUUCUCCAUUACAAAUAAUAAAAUUUUUAAUUUAUUUUUUUUAAGAUUUAUUCAUAAAAGGUUUGAUACAGAAUACAGUGUAACAAUAAUGUCUACGUACUGCAACUGAAAUAUUGUUUGCGAAAUUAAUAUCUAAUAAGUGUCGAGCUCUUUUUAUUGUGCCAAAUAGUGAUUAGAUGCAAUGGAAUUUUCAUUUUUAAGCAAAACAAGCUAUGAUAAAGAUUGUAUAUAUAAUUCAAAUUCGCAAUUGCACAGCACGAACGCAAAUCCCAGAAUUUCUGUGCCAAAUCACAUGGCCCAUUAUAAUUUAAUAAUUGAUUCCAGCUAUAAGUUACGGGCUAAUGAGGCCGCAAUAAGAAAUUCAUUAAAUCAAGAGUCCAAUAUACUUUUUUCAAAAAUAACGAAUGUUGCCGAUCUUUAUCCUGGAACACAUAACAUUACGUCCUAUAAUUCCGGAUACCCACUUAAAUAUACUGACGAAUGUUCAAGUAUAAGCGAUAAAUCCAAACAAAGACGAAUACGUACAACCUUUACAUCAAGCCAACUAAAUGAACUAGAAAAAAUAUUUUUGGAAACUCACUAUCCAGAUAUAUAUACAAGGGAAGAAAUUGCAUCAAAAUUGCAUUUGACGGAGGCGAGAGUACAGGUUUGGUUCCAGAAUCGUAGAGCGAAAUUUCGGAAACAGGAAAGGCAUGCCGUUUAUGUUAUGAAAGAUAGUUGUAACAAAAUGGAAAGGCGGCAAGACGCAAUAUCUGGGACUCAAUGUUACGAUGUAUUAAUUCCAGAAUCUCAAAAUUCGUGCCAAAGAAAAUGUUUUUAUAACAAAAUAUAAAACAUACAAUUUAUAUUAAAAUCUCCAACCCAUUUGGGUGUAGAAGUGCAA